GGCGCGGCCCGCCCGGCGCGGCGGUAGAGGCGGCGGGGCCGGGCCGGCGGUCGCGCAGUCGCGUCUCCCGCGCCGCCCGCGCCGGCGAUGUGAGGGCGGCGGCGGCGGCAGGAGGAGCGCGGCGCGGAGCGGAAGGCGGGCGGGCCCCGGGCGGAAGCGGGCCGGGCCCGGCGGCGAGGGGCAGCAGCGCGGCGCCGGCGGGGGCGGCCGGGCGCGGGCGGGCGUGCGAUGGAAACGCACAUCUCGUGCCUGUUCCCCGAGCUGCUCGCCAUGAUCUUCGGGUACCUGGAGGUGCGCGACAAGGGCCGCGCGGCGCAGGUGUGCACGGCCUGGCGGGACGCCGCCUACCACCGCUCGGUGUGGCGGGGCGUGGAGGCCAAGCUGCACCUGCGCCGCGCCAACCCCUCGCUCUUCCCCAGCCUGGCGGCGCGGGGCAUCCGGCGGGUGCAGAUCCUGUCGCUGCGGCGCAGCCUGAGCUACGUGGUCCAGGGCAUGGCGGACAUCGAGAGCCUCAACCUCAGCGGCUGCUACAACCUCACCGACAACGGGCUGAGCCACGCCUUCGUGGCGGAGAUCAGCUCCCUGCGCUCGCUCAACCUGAGCCUCUGCAAGCAGAUCACGGACAGCAGCCUGGGCCGCAUCGCCCAGUACCUCAAGGGCCUGGAGGUGCUGGAGCUCGGAGGCUGCAGCAACAUCACCAACACCGGCCUCCUGCUCAUCGCCUGGGGCCUGCAGCGCCUCAAGAGCCUCAACCUGCGCUCCUGCCGGCACCUCUCCGACGUGGGCAUCGGGCACCUGGCGGGCAUGACCCGCAGCGCGGCCGAGGGCUGCCUGGGCCUGGAGCAGCUCACGCUGCAGGACUGCCAGAAGCUCAGCGACCUCUCGCUCAAGCACCUGGCCCGCGGGCUGGGCCGCCUCCGCCAGCUCAACCUCAGCUUCUGCGGGGGCAUUUCGGACGCGGGGCUGCUGCACCUGUCGCACAUGAGCAGCCUGCGCAGCCUCAACCUGCGCUCCUGCGACAACAUCAGCGACACGGGCAUCAUGCACCUGGCCAUGGGCAGCCUGCGGCUGUCCGGCCUCGACGUCUCCUUCUGCGACAAGGUGGGGGACCAGAGCCUAGCCUACAUCGCACAGGGCCUCGAUGGGCUGCGCUCGCUGUCCCUCUGCUCCUGCCACAUCAGUGACGAGGGCAUCAACCGCAUGGUGCGGCAGAUGCACGGGCUGCGCACCCUCAACAUCGGCCAGUGCGUCCGCAUCACCGACAAGGGCCUGGAGCUCAUCGCCGAACACCUCAGCCAGCUCACGGGCAUCGACCUCUACGGCUGCACCCGCAUCACCAAGCGGGGCCUGGAGCGCAUCACCCAGCUGCCCUGCCUCAAGGUGCUCAACCUGGGACUUUGGGAAAUGACUGAGAGUGAGAAGGUCAGGUGAGAGGAGGAGGAGGGUGCCCCGAGACCUCCAUCUCCUCUGGAGGGACUCACUGACUGACUGACUGACUGACUGCUGCAGAGGAGGAGAGAAAGAGAGAGGGGCAUGCACAGAGACAUGCUACCCACGCAAUCUGGCACUGCAGGGAGGAGCACAGAGAAAGAGGGUAUGUCCUCGACCCUUCUGUGCUGCCUGCCUAUCCUUGCUGUGGAGGAGGAGGAGGAGGAAGGGGGAGCAGGAGGACAGAGAGAAAGCACCUAUCCAUUUUCCAGGUCAUGCCUCGAGCUCUGUGCUAGGGAGACAGAGCUCUCCCUUCCUACAGCAUCCUUCCCUGCUGAAGAGGUAGAAGCCCACACUCUUAUGCACUGGGGCUAGAGACACCCCUCUUUAUCCCCACUCCCACAUUCCAUCCCCUCAAGCACUAAGGAUGGAUAAAGACCCUUGUUCUGCCAUGUAUUCAGAAUAGAUUAUUUUUGGUUUAUAUAAAGGAGAGUGGGAAUGAAGAUGGGAACAAAAAAUAGUAACAGCAGAAAAGGCUUCCUAGCUACACUCGUGUACCCAGCCACCCAGUCAUCCUGCGCUGGGCACAGACAGCUUGUGAUAAAACCACCAUUCCACCUCUGUGCUUGCCCCUCCCCUGUCAACACAUUUGUGACACAAAUACUGCUCCGUAGGUACAUUGAUUUUUUUUUUUUUCUCCCCCCCCCCCCCCUUUUUAAAUCUCUUCAGUCUCCAGUUUCGUGUUAUUCUCUGCUGUGGGUGGAUACAACCUCCCACUAUUCCAGUUCUCCAGUGCACUGAGACUAGCCAUAGCUACAGCCUCCCCUUUUGUCAGUAUGUUUCCAUGUCAUCCUGCACUAUGCGUAAUGGAAAAGUCCAGGCACUCCAUUCUCUCUCCCCAUCUCUCCACUGGAGAUGAAUACACCAUUUCCUCCUUCUCCUGUCUCUGUGGGGACUGGACACAGACCCCACUCUCUUAAGCCUUCCUGUGCACUGGGGGACACUGAGAGUUCCUGAGACUUGUCUUCCCUUUCAUCAUUCUCUUUUUCUCCCCUCCUCCUCCUUGGCAACAGGGAUAGACAUAUCCAGCCACAUAUCCAUUCCUCUCUGGGUCGGGUGGUGAGCAGGUAGAAGGGAGUUCUAGCUCCUCUCUACCUGGGGGACAUGAGGAAGAAUCUCCAGCUUCAUUUCUGCUUCAUUUGAGAUACUGUGACCUGUUUUUAUUUUUAAAUGCAUAAAAAAAAUUACUGCUACAAAAACAGCCUCUUACUCUCCCAUCCCUUGCUUACGUCCUGCAAUUGAUCCCAGUUUUCCUCACUCAUUCUCCCCUUUACAGUAUUCAUUUUCUUACAUGGUUUUAUUUUUAAAGACAUAUGAAGUUGCUGUUCUUGUGGAUUUUUAAGUACAUUUUUUUUCUGCUGAAUAUAUUCUAUAUAUAUAAAUCUAUAUAUGAUGUCUGGCUA